ACGUGACACUGUUGUCCGGUUGCAGAUAACCAUCUUCAGAUAGAUUUAUCAGGGAUUAUUACAUUGAGGUGACUAAGUACAGUACUUUAUAGAUAACACCACCUCUGAUGACUACAUUCUGACUGUCUUCGCACGUGCAGCCGCUGCUACCAACCGACCGCAGCCACUAACGCCACACUCUCGUGACUAAAACUACAACUCCCGUGAGCCCGUGCGCGGAAUUCAUCCUCGGCUUCCGGUUUUGACUGCUCCGGACAGGUAGGACUUCCUGUGAUGUCAGAGGGAGAGACAGUGAGAGCCCCAGGACACAGAGAAAGAAGCGAGUGGAAAGAGAGGGAGAGCCGGAGAGCAAAGAGCUGUCCCGGGAGCCGGUGUCAGAACCCCAACGGAGCAACUCUGCACAGAUCCCCUGCCCCCCUCGCGCCCCUGUAAUGGAAGACAGGAGCGCAGAGGAUGGGGAUCCUACAGUGUUGCCCCCACCUCCUCCGACUCCACCUACCAAAAGGAAGAGCAAGUUUUCUGGGAUAGGAAAGUUCUUCAAACCUUGGAAAUGGAGGAAGAGGAAAAGUAGUGAUACUUUCCGUGAGACUUCCGAAGUGCUGGAAAGAAAGAUUUCUAUGAGAAAGCCCAGAGAAGAGCUAAUAAAGAGAGGUGUCCUAGUGGAGGUGCCUGAAGUACCUGAAGAUCCUCCUGUGAAGUCAGAGUCUCCUCGUUUAAGAAAUGGCCACAUGAGCCACGGUCCCACAGAAUCACAAGAUGAUGACAAAAGUAUAAAGGGGAACAGCCGGCCAGAGUCAACUGGACCACGUCCUGUUUCUCAGUUGGAACAUGCACAGGAAGUCCUACAGGAAUCUUCAAAGCAGCCACUUGCCUUACGGGAAUCCUCAAAGUUGCCGCUUUUUCCUCCUAAAAGACCACUUUCUACUUCAACAUCCAUGACUCAGAAUCACAGUGAGAGCCAACGACCAGAACAGCCCCAAUCUGGGACACGUUUGCCGAACUCUACUCCUUCACCUGCACCUAGAACCGUGCUUCCACCAUCAGCACCUAAGCAACCACCUAUUCCUCCUCCUAAGCCCCAGAACCGCAACAGCAACCCUUUAAUGGCGGAGCUGUGCCAGGCACUAGGUGGAACCACACUUACUCCUGUUGGGUCUCGUCCCUCUCCACCACUUCCUUCCAAACGAGGACUUCCACCAUCUACAGAUCCUGUGAGCAACAAAGAUAAAGCAUUCCGACCUGUUUCACUGCCCUCUAACCUUGUAAAUGAAGUUUCAGGACAUUCCCCACCAUCUCCAAAACUUCCUCCUCAAACUCCCACAUUGCCGCCUUUGCCCCCACAAAAUCCCCCUCCAACAGAAAUACCUCAACCUAGCACAGAAGAAAAAGGAGAGAUGCCACCAAGUGUGCCUAUACUGCCACUUCACAUCCGCAUUCAGCAGGCUCUCAACAGUCCACAGCCAGUGCCCACAUUGGAUAAUUCUCAGCGGGCACACUCCCUUUUGUUUGUUUCCAAUGAAGUGGGGUCGGGUGAGGAGAGAACUCGCGUGAGAUCCUUGCCUGUCACUAUAGAACUUCUUAAAGUGCCUGAUGAUGACGAUGAUGAAGAAGUGAGCCUUGGGGAGGAGGAGUUCUCUCCAGAAGGAGAACAUUCUCAUCCUUCUAGGGUCUAUAUUGGUGAUGUUCCUGUUGUUAGUGUAAUACCAAGCUACAUUCCCCCAUGCCUUCAGGAAGAAGAGGAGGAGGAGGAUGAAGAUGAAGGUGUUAGUGAUAGUGAUUCAGAGGGCCCCAUACUGUACAAAGAGGAAGAGGAAGAUGAAGAAGAUGAUGAUUCAACAACAAGUGCCCUGGCCAGUAAAGUGAAAAGAAAAGAUACUUUGGCCAUGAAGUUAGGUGGAAAGUCAGGUCCUCAGGAGCAAGGCAUGGAGUUACCUCACCGCAGUCGUGAAGAAUGGAAUCAAAUACGGGAGCAGAUUGGUUCACAGCUAAACCGGAGAUUGAGCCAGAGACCUUCAGCGGAGGAGCUGGAGCAGAGGAAUAUUUUACAACUAAAGAAUGAAGCUGACCGACUUGCAGAGAGACGGGAAAUAAAGAGGCGACUGACCCGCAAGCUUAGUCAAAGACCUACAGUGGCUGAGUUAUUGGAACGGAAGAUUCUCCGAUUUAAUGAGUAUGUGGAGGUGACAGAUGCUCAUGACUAUGACAGAAGAGCUGAUAAGCCCUGGACUAAGCUCACCCCUGCUGACAAGGCAGCAAUCCGUAAGGAACUAAAUGACUUCAAAAGCACUGAGAUGGCAGUGCAUGAUGAGAGCAAACAAUAUACACGAUUUCAUCGGCCUUAACACAUCUCAAAAGUCAUUGUAAGGCAAGAAACACUUACCUGCAUGGAAAGUUGUGCCAAUCACAAGCCUGUCUUCCGUCUGAUUUACCUCAGUCAAUCCCCUGCAAUAGGUUGAGGUGGUGUUGUAGAAUACUACUGUGUACCUUGUAAUUUCCCAGUUUUAUUUAACCUCUUGACCCUAUGAUGUAAGGGUUCACAUUCGUCAUGUCACCUUCACUAACUGCCUCAAGGACAUAUCUUCCAAUCAUUUGAGCUCCUGGUGCCUUAACUUAGCUGGCCCUGUGGGGAUUAUGCAUCAAUACACUAUGUACUUUGAAUCAGAUCGACUGAAGAGUUUACUAACCUGUUUGUACAGGUCUUCCAGAGGAAACAAGGUAUCUCUCAGGGAUGAGUGGUUUAAUUUGUGUUUUAAACUUAUUAUAGCGUGAAUUUUGCACGGUUGACUAAUAUUAGGCCUUGAAUCUGCCAGACCAUUGGUUCCAGGUAUAGCAAAUCACGGCAAAUCACUGACCAGUUUAUACUUAUAUGUAACAAUGAAGAGUAACUUACUGUAGCAUUAAUACUGUCUACACACAGAACAAUAGUCUGAGGAAUGGUAAAUCCUUUUAUCACACUGAUGCGAAGAGCAUACAAUUUUAGGCAGCAUAUUAAGCUGCAGCUUUUGAGGUCAGGGACCCAAUAAGGAGAGUAUAAUUCUGAAGAUUAUUUUUACACUGCUUUGUCAUAAUGAAUACACUACGCCUUAUUAUAAACCAUUAAUGUGCUUUAGAAACCUGUUCUGAGAGAUACAAUAUGUAUAUAUGUGUACUAUACGUUUGACUUUGCAAGAAACAACUGGAAUUUUUGUGUAUGUAUGUAUAUAUAUAUGUAUACUUGGAUAGCAUCAGUGUCUGUAUAUCAGUUUGUUUUAAUCUGAAUUUUAAUGAUGAAAAUAAAAAAAAUUAUUUUA